GAUGUCAACGACACAAAAUCAACACGAUCCAAUAACUCCAGUAUGUUUGGUCGGAGAAGUCAAAAUUGGCUUUAGAAAACGAUUUCUUAAUGGAAAACGACAUUAUGUUUUGGUCGUUAAUUAGUGAUGCAAAAUGCAAACUCUCAAACAGUCGCGAAGAAUGUGUAAAUGAGAAACCGAAAUCCCUCCAAAAUCCGAAGAACUGAAAUUCAUUCUUUGAUAAAGGGAAUGAAUGAAGGUUUCGAUUCCAAACUCUCGCUCACUUUUAGUCACUACGGUACUGUAUUGCAAAUUUUACAGACAACACUAUUCAACUAACAACAACCUCACAACUUUGUUUAGCAAAUACGUAGACAAAACCAAUGUCUCUUCGUGGAACUCCGUCAUCGCUGACUUGGCUCGGAGCGGUGACUGUGUCGAAGCUCUACGUGCCUUUUCUUGCAUGAGAAAGCUCUCUCUUAUACCAAACCGUUCCACUUUCCCAUGCGCCAUCAAAUCCUGCUCUGCUUUGUUCGAUCUUCGUUCAGGCAAGCAAGCCCACCAGCAAGCUUUGGUGUUUGGCUUAGAAUCAGACCUCUUUGUGUCAUCGUCUCUCAUUGACAUGUACUCUAAAUGUGGGGAGUUGAGGGACGCAAGAGAACUGUUUGAUGAAAUUCCUCAGAGAAAUGUGGUGUCUUGGACGUCCAUGAUCACUGGCUAUGUCCAAAACGACGAUGCCCACGAAGCGUUAUCGCUUUUCAAAGAGUUGCUGGUUGAGGAGAGUGAGAAUGAGGAUGAUGGGAAAGGUUUUAUUGAUUCGGUUGCCAUGGUUUCAGUUCUCUCGGCGUGUUCUCGUGUAUCUGGGAAGGGAAUUACAGAGGGAGUUCAUGGGUUUGUGGUAAAGAGGGGACUCGUGGGGGAUUUGGGUGUUGGGAAUACGUUGAUGGAUGCAUAUGCCAAGUCCGGCGAGCUGGGUGUGUCUAGGAAAAUUUUUGAUGGGAUGGCUGAGAAGGAUACAGUUUCUUGGAAUUCGUUGAUUGUCAUGUAUGCACAAAAUGGAUUUUCUACAGAAGCUUUGGAGGUUUUCAAUGCAAUGUUCAAGAAUGGUGAUCUCAGCUAUACUGCCGUGGCUUUGUCGGCUGUGUUGUUGGCCUGUGCAAAUUCAGGGGCUCUGCAAAUGGGGAAUUGUAUACAUGAUCAGGUUAUAAAGAUGGGCUUGGAGGAGAAUGUGUUUGUGGGUACCUCUCUUAUUGACAUGUAUAGCAAAUGUGGGAGAGUUGAAAUGGCGAGGAAAGCAUUUGAUCACAUGAAGGAGAAGAAUGUGAAGUCAUGGACUGCCAUGAUUGCUGGUUAUGGAAUGCAAGGCCAAGCCACAGAAGCUUUGGAAGUCUUAUAUGAGAUGAUUAAGGUUGGGAUCAAACCAAAUUAUAUCACUUUUGUCUCAAUUCUAACUGCUUGCAGUCAUGCUGGUCUCGUAAAAGAAGGCUGGCAUUGGUUUAACUCCAUGAAUCAUGAAUUUGGUGUGGAACCUGGGGUGGAGCAUUAUGCAUGCAUGGUUGAUCUUCUGGGGCAUACUGGUCAUCUCAGUGAGGCUUAUGAUUUGAUCAAGGGGAUGAAGGUGAAGCCUGAUUCUGUAGUCUGGGGGUCCCUUCUUGGGGCUUGUAGGAUUCACAAAAAUGUCGAGCUUGGUGAGAUAUCUGCUAGAAAGCUGUUUGAAUUAGACCCAAGUAAUUAUGGGUACUAUGUCUUGCUUUUAAACAUAUAUGCUGAUGCUGGAAUGUGGGGAGAUGUUGAGAGGAUGAGAAUACUUAUGAAGAACGGUGGAAUGGUCAAGCCACCUGGAUUCAGUUUGGUUGAACUAAAAGGUAAGGUUCACAUAUUUUUGGUUGGAGAUAGAGAGCAUCCAGAACAAGAAAAGAUUUACGAGUAUUUGGAAAAACUAACCACAAAGCUGCAAGAAUUUGGCUAUAUACCCAAUAUGACAUCGGUUCUUCAUGACAUUAAUGAGGAAGAGAAGGAAAUGACUCUUCGAGUUCAUAGUGAGAAGCUGGCAGUUGCUUUCGGAAUCCUAUAUUCUGCUCCUGGUACAACAAUCCAGGUGAUUAAGAAUCUUAGGGUUUGUGGAGACUGUCAUACUGUAAUUAAGUUGAUUUCCAAGAUAGUUAAUCGAGAAAUUGUGGUCAGAGAUUCAAAGCGAUUUCAUCACUUUAGGAAGGGUUUGUGUUCAUGUGGGGACUAUUUGUGAUAUUUACGAGAUUGGAAAGAAAGUUGAGAGUCUUGUGUGCAAGCCCGUAUUUGACGUGAUCAAGGAAUGAUUGAAGAUGCUAGUUAUUUAACUUGGGUGUCAAUGAAUGGUGUUUUUAAGUGUUAAGUUUGGAGAAUGAAGGAGAAUACACAACACAGAUGUAAUCAGAAAUUUGCUAUAAUAAGGUUAGCAUUUUCCUAGAUGCUUAAUCAGAAAGUUGCUAUAACAAGGUUGACAAAUUCCUUGCUCUUUUCUUUAUAUGAGCUCAUUUCAAAGGGGUUGUUUCAUAUCUUUACCAAUGAGUUUAGGUUUAGGCCAGAUUCUAUUUAUGGCAUUGAAGUAAUUCACAAAUGUAGAUUUGCUGUACAAAGCAUGAUACAGCAUGCCUUUUACACAUACUACAAGCUACUCUUUUAACAGGAAAGCAUCAUGAACUAUAAAGACCAUGAUGAGAAUAAAUAAUUCACUUCUCUAAUACAUUUCACAGAGCCCACAGAGCUUUAGUACAAUAUCCUCAAGAAAGAAGAAAAGCUAUUGGUCUUGUUGCUGAUGGUAGAAUUGGAAAAUUCGGAGGAACUUCCUUGGAAGAUCAGGUCAAGGCCUAUCAGAAUUGAUAUAGAAGAUUGGUUCUCUUUGUGUGGGCCACAACAGUUGCUAGAAUGGAGAAUAAAAAGGAGUUCUACAUAGCAAACCGAUAGAAUAUUUAAUAAUGCAGAAUGGCACUCCAAAGAACUUAUUCUGUAAUAGUACUCUCAGUCUUGAUAUUUGAAGUUGGCUGAGCUUCAUGUAAGCUUUUGAGCAUCUGAGACAACUCUAGAGGACCCUGUUCUUGCCCUGCAAGCCGUCAAGCUAUUAUUGGAUCUCUUUACUAGCUUCUUCUUUUCAUUAUUUUUCUUUACAAACUCUGCCUGCUGCUGCAUAUUCUCCUCCAUGAGCAUUUGAACUUGAAACUUUAAUUUGGACCACAUGUGCCCCCAAUCACGACUAUCUAUUGGGCAAUCUCCAACAUUAGCUUGACCUUAUUCAAAAUCAUUCAUCUUGUCAA